AUGAAAUGUUUACUUCAACUGGUUUUCGGUCUUUUUAUUGCGGCCUUUUUCACUUCCAUAUUUGGCAACGAUGGCGUUUUAUGUAAGGAUUUAAAAUGUUCAUAUCCCACAAAUUUAUCACAAUUGCUACAAAAUAUUUACAAGGAAAGAUCCUUUGUAUCAAUAUUGCUGAUGAUGCCAAUAACCAUGGUGGAAGUUUCAUGGGAUCUGCAAACGGUAUUUAAAUGGCAAAUACCAAAAAUCGUAAUGACACCAGGUCAGGAGUUUGAAUUGAGAAAAGUCUUCAACAAGGAGAUCAUUGCUGUAGUUGUCAUGCCUUCAAAUUUUGAUAAAGUCCUAUUCGACACUUGUGCUCAGGUCUUGAAUAACACGCGUCAAACCAGAAUUGUGGUGGCUACAGAUGAUUUAAAGACUUCACAAACACAAUUCGAAAAGCAGCUACUUCAAGCAGCCGAGAGUUAUAAAAUGACCCGAGUUAUACUAGCAUAUCUUAAUUCCAAUGGAGGAGAGUUGUCCUCACAUCAAAGAUUGCAACCCUAUCCCAAUUACCAGUGGAGAAAUCCAACAAACAAUGAUUACUUCUAUCCCGAGUAUUGGCGAAAUUUACACCGCAAAAAGGUUGUUGUCUAUGCUGAGCAAUCCAUACCAGGCGUUUUUCUUUUCAAGGAUUCCAAGGGAAAUAUCCAGUACAGCGGUCAUUUGGGUAAACUAAUUGCAUUGUUUGUCCAUCACUAUAAUGCAACAAUGCAGCCAUAUCAUACACCCAAGGUUGAUAAAUCUACAUUUUAUACUAACAUCAAAGAGUUGAUGGAACAACAACUUAUCGAUUUGCCCAUGAUUGUCGAUAGCGGUGUAAAUAAUGGGGUCGAUGAAAAAUGGCACCUUAGAUCCGAUUGCAUAGAGGUAACACAGAUCAAACUAAUGGUGCCUUGUCCCAGUCCUCGUAGCAUACUUGAAAUCUAUCCUCUGCUAUUGAAUCUGGAUUUCAUUGGAAGCCUUAUUAUUGGCACUGUUGUCUUUUCGUUUACCCAUUCUUUAUUUGAUUGGAUCUUUGGAGAAAUGGUGGUGCAACCUUGGAGCUUUUUAUUGGAUGACAAGGGCUUGCCAGGUUUGUUGGGACAUGCCUUUGUGGCCAGAGUAUCUCCUAGAUUAUCUCUUAAGAUUUUAUACCUCUUAAUGGCCUUUGCAGGCCUGAAUACCAAUAUGCGGUUUGGAGCAAAAAUGAAGACACUCUUCACCACACCACCCUAUCACAGGCACUUGGAAAACUUUGAGGAGCUGAACAGAUCACCGGUGACAAUACUGGUGCCGGAAACUGUAUUUGAGGAACUACCCUAUCCCAUAGAGAAGUUGAUGCUAACACAGGAUAAUGCCUUUUUUCAGGAAAUGCGUCAAAGUUUGAAUACCUCCUAUGGGUACUUCACUUCCCUAAGCGCUUGGCAGACGUUCAAGCAAACGCAACGGGGCAUCUCCCAUAAAGUGUUUUGUAUCUACGACAAUCUAACAAUCAGAUCUCCCAAACUAAUGUCCUUUCGUCUACAGAGAAAUUCGGUAUAUAAAGAACCCUUGGAUGCGCUUAUUCAUCGCGUACAUGACGCGGGUCUAAUGCAAGCCUGGUAUUCGCAGACCUUUGCAGAUAUGUUGAGACAAAAGGAAAUUAAAUUUAAAUAUUCCACUGACAUCGUAGAGGCAUCCGCUCUAAAAGUUGGCGAUUUAAAAUGGUUGUGGAUAAUAUUGGCCAUGGGUUGGCUGUUUGACACUUUGGUAUUUUUUGUGGAAAUUGCGAUAGAUCGUUAUGUUGGAACUUUGGUCUAA